GAUGAGCAAGGUAAGGUCUGACAAAUCUACCUGUCUAGACUUCCUGAUCCUUAUCUUGUUUAUUCAGUCUGCUGCCAUAUACAGAAUGUUCACUUUUCUUUUCGACAGAUCGCAUUUUACCCACAAUGCCAGCACAGCACUGCACCUGCCAGGUCCCUAGCUUCACAGUGGAAGCUGGGAAACCAGUCAUCUUGAUUACCAUCAAUGGGCGUUAUGAUUUGCAUUUGCCACGUUAUGUGUGCCAAACAUGCCUGCAGCAGUGGGCCCCUGAUGUGAGAGACCUAGUCAGGAGUGGAUAUUGGCCAGCUUCUGCAAAUGCUUCCACAAUCUACACGGUGGACCUCCUCAACACCUUUCAGGAGCUGAAGUUGAUCUCACCUGGAUUCUCCAGGCAAGCCCUUGCAAAAAUGCUGGAACAUCGCACACUGUGCGCAGGAAGAUCUGGACAGAUCAACGGGGAUGCCCUGCAGAGGAGCUUUCUUGAGUUUGCAUACGCCUCCUUUGAGAAAGACCAGCUCUGCUGUGAUACCCCUUUCACCUGCCCUGCCUGCACACCUGAAAUGGUAGCAGUGUCAGCAGAUGGCAACAGGAAGCUUUAUCGCUUUGGCCAUACUGGAAGAUCUAAUGACACUCCCUUUUUUGAUGGGCUAUUUCUAGCCAAAGACAGUGAGGUGUCUGAUUUUGUCAACACAAUACAGAUGGCGGUGAAGAAUAUAAAGGGGAGAGGCACAUGUGGAGACUCUCAAUGGGCAGCAGCAAGGGAGACCUCUAGGCGGGCCUCUAAACUGGAUGAGGAAGGCGUUGAGGUUGCGGUGUGUCGGCAUGGCUUCCUUUUAAAAGCCCUUAACAUGUACCGAGGAGAGAUAUUUGUGUAUCCUAUGUAUCUCCAAAGGGAGCUUCUCCCAAGCAAGGCACAGUUUUUUGCUAUGGAUGUGGCAUGCAAAUACUGGCCAUACCUACAAAAAGUUGCUUCGGUCAUUCCAGCUCUCAAGAGCCUCACAGAAAUGAAGCCCUUCCUGAGCAUCAUGCAUGCAAGAGCUCAUGCUACCAAGUGUGAGAUAAAAUGGAGUGGUCGGAAUCAGAAGGGAGCAGGCACAACUGCCGGUGAGGAGGUGGAGCAAAUAAACAGCUACCUCUCCCGUUGUGCCCUGACAACAAAGUACAUGUCAAAAGCAGCACGUGUGGACAUGCUCACUGUGCAUGCAAUGGGUUGGAACCAUCACAAAGCAGAGACGCUACACAAGGCCCUCUCCACAAGAUAUGUGAAGACAUCUAAAAGGGCAGAAGAAGAGGCAGAGAGGCUGUCACAACUGCAGAAGGACCUGCAGUGCUCAAAUGCAAUGGCUGUACAGUGGAUUGCUGAAGUCAAGGAAUGGGCAGAGAGCGAGACCCCAGUAACGGGUCUGCACGUUCUCCAGCAGUCCAUUGAGGGUCUCCAUCUGGGUCUAAAGCAACAGAAACAAACCCUCUACCGUCAGAAUGACAGCAACAAGCUUCGCCAUCGUCUCCGAAGAAAGUUGACGGAAGACAAAAAGCGCCUUCUCCAGGAGAUUGAUAAAUACAACAGUCUUGUUGCAGACCUCUCCAAAAGGAUUGAUGUGGCCUUGGUUGACCACUCUUUGGCUGGACAGAGCACUGGCGCAAUAUGGCCAUGGGAGGACUAUGGCAGUGUAACAAUCGGGGUCAAGAAACGACUGCACGACCAGGAAAUGCUGAAAACACGGCUGGAAGAGGAGCUCCCUAUCCUGGUGUUGGAGAUGGCCCUGCACUGUACGUGGUUGCAGAACCUGGGAGUGGCCCUCAAGACGGAGCUUGCAAGAUACGAAGAUGAAAAUGGACUUCACUGUCUCUUGGCAAGAAGACUUGCGGAAGUGGAAGAACGACAUCAAAUGGUCCUGCAGCGGUAUAAGACUGCUCUAGGUCCAUUGGCCUCUGUCCUCCUUGACGUUUGUGAGGAAGAGGAAUGUGAUCCGAUGGGCCUGGUCAGUCCAGACACCAGCGAGGAUGAGGAAGAUGCAAGAGAACAAGCAACUUAGUUGAUGGUGUGGUUUCGUGCCUCGCUUGAUGUACACAAAUGAUCAUUGUUAUUGCUAUGUUUAAAAUAAAAAAAUCUAUCUCUUCAAUUCAAGAUGGGGUGGGUGAGAAUAAAUAGUGCUAUAACCUCACUAGCCUUAUUGACAUGGACACAUCUGUUCCGCAUAGAUUUCUAUGCACGAGACUUAACGGACACUUUUGUUACUGCCAUGUAUACAGUACAUUCGGAUCACAUUUUAGGAAGAGAUCUAUGACGCAUAGAAAUCUAUGCGGAUCAGAUUUGCCAUGUAAACGCGGAUACUAUGAAUUUCAUUCAUAUACAAUUUCAGAAGUGGAUGAGAUUCGAGAAAUAUCUUGUUAUAAUGAGAAAGUAUGUCAAGGU